GCCAAUGCAGUAUGCGCAUGCGCACACACCACAUAUCCGAGUGCGACGCCAGUAGAUAAACCUGCUGCCGAAGAGAGACGGACUGAAACGAGAAAAGGACCAAUGAUCCCCAUAUGUCCCGUGGUGUCGUUCACCUAUGUGCCCAGCCGGCUCGGUGAAGAGGCCAAGAUGGCCACCGGCAACUACUUCGGCUUCACGCACGGCGCGGCUGCGCAGUACAGCCAGCAGCCGGGCGGGGGCGUGGCCUACACCCACCCAUCCACGGUGGCGAGCUACACGGUGCACCAGGCCCCGGUGGCAGCCCACACCGUGGCGGCCGCCUACGCCCCCACCGCCGGGGCCGUGGCCGUAGCCCGGCCCGCGCCCGUCGCCGUGGCAGCCAGCGCCGCCGCCUACGGGAGCUACCAGCCCGCCCACGCCGCCACGGACUACGGCUACGCCCAGCGGCAGGCGGAGGUGCCCCCCCCACCGCCCCCCGUCACCUCCCAGAACUACCAGGACUCCUACUCCUACGUGCGCUCCACGGCCCCCGCGGUGGCCUACGACAGUAAGCAGUACUACCAGCAGCCCGUUGCCACGGCAGCAGUGGCGGCGCCGCAGCAGACAGCCGCAGAAUCCUACUACCAGACAGCGCCCAAGCCGCUGUACACCCAGGGGGUCACCCCCUACACCCAGGGGGUCACCCCCUACACCCAGACCCGCCAGGUGACCGCCAUCAAGCCGGCCGCCCCCAGCCCGGCCACCUCCACCUUCUCCAUCUACCCCGUGGCCUCCACCGUCCAGCCCGGCCCCCCCGCCACCGUGGUGCCCGCCUACUCCCAAAGCCCCACCUACAGCACCAAUGCCGUCACCUACUCUGGGACCUCCUACUCGGGCUACGAGGCGGCCAUCUACUCGGCGGCGUCCAGCUACUACCAGCAGCAGCAGCAGCAGCAGCAGAAGCAGGCGGUGGCGGCGGUGGCGGCGACGGCCGCCUGGACCGGCAGCACCUUCACCAAGAAGCCCCCCCCCUUCCAGAGCAAGCAGCUGCGGCCUAAGCCCCCCCCCAAGCCCCCGCAGAUCCACUACUGCGACGUGUGCAAGAUCAGCUGUGCUGGCCCGCAGACGUACAAGGAGCACCUGGAGGGCCAGAAGCACAAGAAGAAGGAGGCGGCGCUGAAGGCGUCCCAGAGCUCCGCCUCGGCGGCGGGGGGCGGGACGGGCGCGGCCCGGGGCACCCAGAACCAGCUGCGCUGCGAGCUGUGUGACGUGUCCUGCACAGGGGCGGACGCUUACGCUGCGCACCUCCGCGGGGCCAAGCACCAGAAGGUGGUGAAGCUCCACACCAAACUGGGGAAGCCCAUCCCCUCGACAGAGCCCAGCGUGGUGCCUCAGACCAGCACCGCCCCCUCCUCCACCAAGACCUCCACCUCCAGCCUGCCCGCCGCCUCCGCCCAGGCCUCCUCCAGCGCCCCCUACCUGAAGCCCGUGGCCAUGGUGAGCGGAGCGGCAGGCAAGGCGCCCAGCUCCGCCGCCGCCGGCGCCGUGAAGAAGGUCGCCACGCCCAAGAUCCACUUCGUUGGGGGCAACAAGCUGCAGACCACGGCGAAGGCGGAGGAGCCCCGGGCGCCGGCGGCCCGGCCCCCCGCCCCCGCCGCCGCGCCCUCCAGCGAGCCCAAGAGCGAGGUGGCCGAGUCCCUGGCCGCGCUGGCCGUGCUGCAGAGCGAGGUGCAGCCCGUGGGACACGACUAUGUGGAGGAGGUCCGUAACGAUGAGGGUAAAGUCAUCCGCUUCCACUGCAAGCUGUGUGAGUGCAGCUUCAACGACCCCAACGCCAAGGAGAUGCACCUGAAGGGCCGGCGCCACCGGCUGCAGUACAAGAAAAAGGUGAACCCUGAACUCCAGGUGGAGGUGAAGCCAAGCAUCCGCGCCCGCAAGGUCCAGGAGGAGAAGAUGAGGAAGCAGAUGCAGAAGGAGGAGUACUGGAGGAGGCGUGAGGAGGAGGAGCGCUGGAGGAUGGAGAUGAGGAGGUACGAGGAGGACAUGUACUGGAGGCGCAUGGAGGAGGAGCAGCACCACUGGGACGACCGGCGCCGCCUGCCCGACGGGGGCUACCUGCAGGGCCCCCCCGGCCCCCCCGGGCUGCUGGGGGUCCGCCCCGGCAUGCCAGGCCCUCAGCCUCUGGGGCCAAUGCCCCCCCGGCGGCCAGACUCCUCUGACGACCGCUACGUGAUGACGAAGCACGCCGCCAUCUACCCCUCGGAGGACGAGCUGCAGGCCAUCCAGAAGAUCGUCUCCAUCACAGAGCGCGCCCUGAAGCUGGUGUCUGACAUCAUCACGGACCAGGACAAGGAGGUGAACCCGGAGAAGGGCCAGGAGAAGAGCCAGGAGAAGAGCCAGGAGAAGAGCCAGGAGAAGAGCCAGGAGAAGAGCCAGGAGAAGAGCCAGGAGAAGAGCCAGGAGAAGAGCCAGGAGAAGAGCCAGGAGAAGACGGACUCGCCCAAAGACAGGGCCCUAAAGGGGGUGAUGAGGGUGGACGUCCUGGCUAAGGGGCUGCUCCUGCGCGGGGACCAGAAGGUGAACCUGGUGCUGCUGUGCUGGGAGAGGCCCACCCAGCGCCUGCUGAGCCGUAUCGUGGAGCACCUGCCGGCGCAGCUCACGGUGGUGACGCCAGAGAAGUACGAGGUGAAGGGUUCCGUCGAGGAAGCCGCCAUCAUCCUCACUUCCUGUUCAGAGCCGAAGAUGCAAGUGACCAUCACCCUGACGUCGCCCGUCAUCAGAGAGGACGGAGUCCAGGACGGAGAGACGGGGAGCGACCCGGCACACCUGGACGGGCACAAAUGCCUCUCGGCUCUGGCAGCCCUGCGUCACGCCAAGUGGUUCCAGGCUAGAGCCAAUGGCCUCCAGUCCUGCGUCAUCAUCAUCCGGAUCCUGAGGGACCUCUGCCAAAGGGUCCCCACCUGGGCCUCCUUCCCCGGCUGGGCCAUGGAGCUCCUGGUGGAGAAGGCCAUCAGCAGCGCCUCCGGCCCGCUGAGCCCCGGGGACGCCCUGCGCCGCGUGUUCGAGUGCAUCUCCUCCGGGAUCCUCCUGUCUGGGGGUCCUGGUCUCCUGGACCCGUGUGAGAAGAACCCCAGCGACACGCUGACCUCCAUGCAGGAGCAGCACCGGGAGGACAUCACCUCCAGCGCCCAGUUCGCGCUGCGUCUCCUGGCCUUCCGUCAGAUCCACAAGGUCCUUUGCAUGGACCCCCUGCCCCAGAUGAACCCGCGCUUCAGCGUGCGCAACCAGCGCAAGCGUCGCCGGGACAACAGCGAGGGCACGGACAGCCUGGAGGGCGAAGGCAAGAAGGACAAGAAGGACUUCGAGGGGUUCUGAGCCUCCUCAGUCUAUUAAAGCUGGUUGAGCGUUGGAUAACGUCUGGGAAGUGUGUGCUGAGCCCUUCCUGUCCUCCGCACUGUCACUCAUCAGUUACUGUUUCUUAUCCUUUCAGGAGUUAUUUUAUUGAGUUUUUGUGCAGCUGAGAGUCGUGACUCCAGCUGUGGUCGUGACUCCAGCUGCGGUCGUGACUCCAGCUGCGGUCGUGACUCCAGCUGCGGUCGUGACUCCAGCUGCGGUCGUGACUCCAGCUGCGGUCGUGACUCCAGCUGCGGUCGUGACUCCAGCUGCGGUCGUGACUCCAGCUGCGGUCGUGACUCCAGAUGUUCCGAUUGUUCCCCGGGGGAGGGUUCGGGUCAGGGGGACGUGGGCUCUGAACGGGGUCUGUUCGCUCCUUUUUUCCUCCGACGGUCUGAUAUUAUUUCUCAUGGCGAGUUAGAGGCGGUUGUGUUCUGAAGAAAGGCUCCUGAUGAGUCCUGAUAUAUUGUAAUAUUCCUAUAAUCUACUCCUCAUGGAAAGCUUUGGUUCUGAAGCAUGGCUCCCGUCAAUGUGUUUUUGGUUUUAGUUUUAAUAUAGAAGUCUCCUUAAUGCUCUGUAGUUCAUAUGAAGAUCUUUAAGUUAAAAAGUGAUUACAAUAGAAGUAUGAUGUUGUAAUUGUGGUUUGCGGUCCGCUCCUCAAUGUGUUCUCUGCCACAGCAGAAUUAAACAUUUACCAAUGAAACUG